AUGGGACCGAAUAUAAAUGAUACAGCCCAAUACAUUCCAUUCAAUCAGGAUAUUCACUAUCAUCAACCGUUGUGCUAUAUCACCGAUUAUUCGAAUCAGACCCAAGUCGAACUUUGCACAGUUGGUGAUCCAGACGUUCCUCUGCCAGAUCUCAACACUGAACAUCCAUUUGUUGUUAAUGCACUCAAUCAAUGGAUAGAAAAUAUCACUCAAGAGUACAGUUUUGACGCUAUACGAAUCGAUACUUUCCGUCAUAUUCGGAAAGAAUUCUGGACAAAUUUUACAGCUGCUUCUCGAGUCUAUUCCGUUGGAGAAGUGGCGACAUCCGAAACAGACUAUGUCGGAAGCUAUCAAAACUAUACUGAUGGCAUGUUACAGUUUCCCCUCUUCUUUGUUCUUAAUCAGGUGUUUCGAGAUCAAGGUCGACAAUCGAUUCGUGAGCUAAAGAAGCAAGUUGAGCUGAAUGAACAAUAUUUUAAAGAUACAACACUAUGUGGCGUCUUUUUGGAUAAUCACGAUCAACAACGUUUCCUGAAUCAUACAAUCACUGAGACGCUUAUUCGAAAUGCUUUAACAUUUUUGAUGUUCAAUGAUGGAAUACCCAUUGUUUAUUAUGGCACUGAGCAGGGCUUUGAAGGAAAUCCUGAAGACACGUACGGAUACACAGAUCCUUGGAAUCGAGAACCCUUAUGGACCAGUAAUUACUCUCAAUCUCAUCCAAUCUAUCAAUUUAUCAAACAGCUUAAUUCUCUACGAGCAGUAUUAAAAGCCAAGUAUCCAGGAUAUUUCACAACACACCAACAAACCGUUUAUCUUGAUGAUUCAACGUACAUUUACUAUAAAAAUCCGGUUACAAUUGUCAUAUCAAACGGUGAAUUUGACACGCCGAAAAGAGUAAAUAUCACGGUGAAUAUGAUAAAUUCGAUCGAUUUUUUCACUAAUAAAAAGAUAACGGAUCAGCAGUUAAUCGUAAAUAGUUGGGCGCCAAUGAUUAUUAUCCCAGAGAAUAUGAUAAAUUCAGCAAAAUCUCUUUCAUGUACCACUGUUUUAUUCCUGCUGUUCGUUGUUCUUGUUCAUGCGGAAAACCAAACACAAGAUUAUAAAACGGGAUGA